AGUUGUCACUUGUCAAACGCACGUGUACGGCGGUGAACUGUGAAAGUGUUUGUUGUAUUUAAUUUGUGUAUUUCAAGUAUUUUCAUAAAUAUCGUUUUCGUAUCAUUGCGACAAUUAUGUGAUAUCUGCUGUUUUAACAAAAUAAUAGCAUUACAAUGAAGUCGAAACCCGUAAAACAUAAAACAACUAACACAUUUCGGUUUAUACCAUUUGCGGAACGAAUAAAUUCUAUAGAUAUCCGGCAUGCUGCGUUAUAUCAUAUCGAACAUGCUUACACUGGUCAUCCAGAGGAAAACGAAACUCACUUCCAUCUGGCUUUACAAAAAUGGAAUGUUCUUAAUUUAACGGAAAACUUUAAAAAGUUUAAAAAGGAAAUCCACGGCACUAUUACCAUAGAACAGUUAAUACAUAAGAAAGAAGAGGUAUUAAAUGCUGUUGAGAAAUAUUUAAAUUUAGAAGACCAGUUGUGUUUACAGCCAUUACUAGAGAUUUUAGUCUCUAUAGCCAAGGAUUUACGAAAUGACUUCUAUCCACAUUUUCCAAAGUUUUUUGAUAUACUUAUAAAAUUAUUGAACACAAAGGAUCCAGAGAGAUUAGAGUGGACAUUGAUAUGUCUGGCAUUUCUAUUUAAAAUAUUGAAACCUUAUUUAAAAAAAGAUCUUGAAACUGUUCUGAAAAGAAUUGUACCAUUAUUGAGUGAAAAUCAUCCGCAGUACAUCAAUAAUUUUGCAGCAGAGAGUUUUGCAUUUGUCGCAAGGGAUAUAAGAGACAAGAACAAGUUUCUUCAGCAUACUUUAAAUUAUCUGCUAACAAAUGAUCAUGCAAUAACAGGGACAGGGCAUUUAAUUUUCGAAAUAUGCAAAGGCGUUGCUAACAAAUUUCACAGCUGUGCUGAAACUUUUUUCCCACUACUUCUAGAAUAUUUGAAAGAUAACAUUCAACAUCAAGAGAUAUUGUUUAAAGUUCUCACACAAACAAUAGAAGAUGCAUUACAUGGCAUAUCUUUUAAAGAAUUUACAAUAUUCUGGACUCCUGUAAUGAAAUUUAUUGAAGACAAUUAUAAUGUAGAUAAUAAUAAAAACAGAUGUUUGGAGUUUGUUUUAAAACUAUCAGGACAAGUAAUUGAACAUCAAAAGGGAAAAUUCCUAUCAAAUCCUCAACAAUUUGCAAUAAUACUUGUUAAAGUUAUUUGCGAACAAACUGAAAGAGUAUUAGAAGUGUGCGCACAAAUUGGUGCUUUAUUACUUUUGUCUUCUAGCAUCCUUCUAUCACAAGAACAUGCAGGAAUAAUUAUAAAAUCACUAGUACCUUUGCCUUAUCCGAAAAUACUUAUUAAUUUCGUAGAAAAUGUGGUCAAUUAUUCUCAGUUUGAUUUACACAUAUUACCUCCGUUUUUAAAUUUUAUUGUGCAAUCGAAUUUUAGUAAUGAAGCCAUGUGUACAUUAUCGAAGAUAUGCUUAGCUAAAUCACCAUUAUCUAAAAAUGGUUUGAAACUAUUUGAAUGGGUUAAAUACCCAAUAAAUUUUGGGAAAGGGUUACCAUUAUUUAUGGAAUAUGCACAAAAAGUUUUAGAAAACGACAUAGAAAGUCAUAUUGGAAAUUCUGAUGAAUUAAUGAGUGUUUUAUUUUCUUUACCUCAUAUAGAGAAAUUGAAUAUCGAUAUAUUUAUUAAGAAAAUAAGUGAAGUUAUAUCCCGUUUAUUGGAUAUUUUGGAUAGUAAGCAUAUUGAAGCAAAUAAAGAGGAAAUCAAAAUACAGUGUGAUAUUUCUAAUACCGCAAAAUAUUCGAGAAAAGUUUUAUUCAUAUUAGCAAAUGCUAUUGAAUGUGUUAUUCACAUAUCGAAUUGUAAAAUGAUGAAAAGCAUCUGUGAUAUUGAUAAGUUUUUGCCAGUGAUCGUCCCGUUUGCAGCGGAUCCCAAUUAUUUGGCAGCGUUGCAACUUCUUGACAUAUACCUGACUGCAUAUGAACAAGAAAAUGGAUUAACAUACGGAUUUUUAUCAUUAAUUGAUUCAUAUUUAAGACCAAAUGUAUCGUCACCGUUUCAUAUUGUUCGUUUAUUAACUACACAUGUUUAUAAAUUGUUUGAAAAUGUAGAAGAACUUAGUAAAUCAUUGGAAAUAGGUGAUAAAAAAGAGAAAUUUUCUGUCUUUAGUAAAUGUUUCGAAGUUGAAUCCAUUUUACCUUCAAUACAAGAAUAUAGAACACAAUUAAAUGUGUUACAGAAGUUGACAUUUAACACGACACAAUAUGUCCUAGCAAAGGAUACUGAAUUCCAUCAUUUUGCAUUAAAAUAUAUGCUAGGAGUUUUGUAUAAUAAUUUCAAAUUACUUUGGGAACCUGUUAUUGAAUUUAUCGCAAGUUUCGGUAAUGCGUUAACAGUGGAGGAAUUUUGGCCCAUAUUUUAUGAAGCUCUUGAAUUCUCUUUCGUAAAUUCUAAAAGCGAUUUAUCUAUUUUCCAAUUCGAAGACGAAAUAAAUACACACUUUGAACCAUUACAAGAUUUAUAUUCUUCGUAUAACAAUAUAAACGAAAGCCCUGAUUUACAUAAUUAUAGGAAUUUGGUUUUAAAAACUAUGACAUUUUGUAUACAAGCGUGUGAAGCUAGAAAUAGAGAUGUAGUUGGACUUUUCUUGAAAUUUAUUGAAGAGGAUUAUAAAAAAACUAAUAAUACCAAUGCACUUAAAGUUGAUAUAGAAGUUCAUGAUAAAUCAGCAAUGGAAGUUGACGAAACAGAAGAAACUGAAGAUAUAGAAAGGAAUUUAGAAAACUUAGAUGUUAAUGAAGCGAAAAAUUCAGAAUCAGGCAAAAUUAUAUUCAAAACAUUAAUAAAUAUAAUGCAAGUUUUAGCACAGUUUAAAAACCCCCGUGCGUUGUACAAAGAAUCGGUAUUUUGGGAGCUAUAUUUGGAAUUCUUAAAACACAAGAAUCCAGGACUUCAAAAGUUUGCGUUAGAUUGUGUAUUGAAUUAUAAGAAUAAGAAUGUUUUACCAUAUAAACAGAAUUUAUAUAAUCUUGUUGACGAUAAAAAGUUCAAAGAUGAACUAACUCUUUUUAAAAUAACAGAAGAUUCUAAACAUAUACAACCUGAAGAUAGAGAACAUGUAAUUCCAAUUGUACUAAGAAUUUUAUACGGAAAAAUGACGUCUAAACUAGGUGCUGAUAAAAAAGGCGGAGGUCAAACUAAAAGGUCUUUAGUCAUGAGAUAUUUAAGUGGGUGUAAAGAGAAUGAAUUGAAAAUAUUUAUAGAAAUGGCAUUUUCAUACUUCAAAGAUUACUUUGCGUUGAAUCCUAAAGAGAUUUAUAAUACUGUUUUGAAGAAUUUAGAUUUAAAAUCUGUUACUUACCCUGGCAAAUUACAUAGUGUUCUCAAUCUGUUUGAUAUAGUACGUGAAUAUUUUGGAGGUUCAAUGGAUGAAGCUUUACUUGGACAGCUCUUUAAAGUAUAUUUCGCGGUUUGUUCUCAAAUUGCUGGUGUAUUGAAUAAUUUUGAGAAAGUACAUGUUGGUUAUGUAAAAGUUAUGAAGAACCUUAGAGGUAUAGCUAUUGGUAUUCUUGGAAAAUUAUUUGAUCAAUUCGAUAAAUAUCCUUGGAGUAAGGAAGAAUUGUAUGUUUUAUACGAAACACUUAUCUGGCCAUUGACACCAAAACUACAUAUCGAAGGCAUUCACAGCCCUACAUCUUUGCUAAAAUUAUUCAACACAUGGUGUCAGAAUCCACGAUAUUACGUACUCCUUGUUACGUGUUCCGAAAAUGAUAACUUAAGUGUAUUGCCUGCAAUUUUUAAACUUCUGUUAGCACCAAAAACGAAUCCAGGGGUGGUUAAUUUAAUUUUGGAUAUGAUAGAAAAAUUACUUACACUAACAGAAGAAGAAGAUAAUGAAAUACCACCUAUUGAAACAUUUAAAUCAUUAGAUGUUAGUAAAGAUCUAAAUGAAGUUAAUUUUGGAAGUAGAGUAUUAGUGCCUCAUCUGCCUAGUAUUUUAGAAGUUAUGAAACGACGUAUUGCUAACAGUGCUAAAUCGAAUACAGUAAAUAAAAGAGAUCUUUUAAUAUUAUCAAGAGUUACUGAAAUGGUUACAACACCAGAAAUGUGCGAUGAUUUAUUAAGCCUGCUACUACCAAUUCUGGUUAAAAAAGUUUGUAUGAAUAUGGCUGAAGAAAAUAUGGAAUACUCUGUAAGCAUAAUAAUUAAUCUCUUAGGGCACAGUGUUAACCCACAGAGAUACAUUAAAAAUAUAGCUGUUUUAUUCAAUAAAGUAAAUCCUGUUGAAGUGAGAAAACUUUUGCUUAAAUUACUCGUUUCUAUAGCGGAGAAUGUAAACGAAAAUAAAGAUGUAUUUCUUAAAAUGGCAAACGUAAUAACAGAAAUGAACGCGUUUAACAAAAGAUGGAUAGAACAGCCAGAUUUUGAUAGAAGAUUGGAUGCUUACAAGGAAAUAUACAGAAUGGCAGACAAUAAUGAAAUAAAUAUAGAUUUAGCAAUACUUAUAAUCAACAAUUGCUUUUUUUUUAUACGGACAGAGAAAGAUAUUGGAUUACGCGAUAGUGCAGGAUUGUGCUUAAAGAAAAUUCUUCCCAAAUUAUUGCUUAAAUAUCGAUCAGCAACCGAUGGUCAAUUUUUAGUACGAGAUACAGUUUUAGCUCUUAUAUCUACUGGAAUAAGGGAUAAUAAAAAUGAAAAUUUACGGACUGAAUCUAUUUCUUUGUUAGGAGAAUUAGCAAGAGAAUGUCCAGAAGCUGACGUAGUUUUGACUGAUUUAAGUAAUUUGAUAAAUAAAGAAGAUUUGGAAGUAGACUUUUUUGAAAACAUCUGUCAUUUACAAUUACACAGACGUGUUAGAGCAUUACUACGUUUUAGUAAAAUAGCUAGAAAAAUGACUAAAUGUCCUACACCGAGAACAUUAACGAAUUUUAUUCUACCACUAGCAUCUAUAUACAUAUGUGAUGAUAAAUAUAGCGAUAAAAAUUCUUUAAUAGACGCAUGUAUCGAAGUAAUAUCAACAUGCUGCAGAUUAUUACCGUGGUAUCAUUACGAGGUUAUUCUCAAGUUGUAUUUGAAUAAAAUGAGAGUUUCAACCGAACAUCAGAAACAGUUGACUCGUAUUUUGGUCGGGAUACUUGAUGGUUUUCAUUUCGAUUUUUCUAAAGUUAAAAAUAUCGAAUUACCUAAAGCUUGGACUACAAAUGUGAAUAAUAAAAUAAAAGAUAGUAACGAAGAAAAAGCUACAACCAAUGACAAUGUAGACGACGACAAUAACGAGGCAAAUGAAACAAUUGAUAUUGAAACAGAUUUACAAUUAGCAGAUAAUAAUGAAGAGACAGAAGAAGAAAUAACCAAAGAAAUAUCAAAUAUACCAGCAUUUGAAAAAAUAACGGUCGUUUCACCUUCAGUUGGCAGCAGAAUUGUUAAAUCUUUAACAGCAGGAUUAUUGCCGCAGUUAAAUCGUGCAAUAGGAAAGAUGACGGAACACGAAGAGUCUCAUAAAGUGAAUCGGCGAAAGAUGGGAUUCUCUCGUCAAGAAGAGGAUAUGGUGAGGGUGCCGAUAGCUUUAGCGUUGGUCAAACUGCUGCAGCGGCUGCCUGGAGAUGUAUUAAAACAUCAGUUGCCAGGAAUUAUUACAAAACUAUGCUCAUUUUUAAAAUCACCACUAAAACAAGUUAGAAUAGUAGCUAGAGAUAUAGUUAAAAAGAUUAUGAUCACUGUUGGUACUAAAUAUAUUGGUGUGUUCCUUGAACAUGUUACAUUACUCCUUACAAGAGGCUUUCAAGUACACGUAUUAGUUGCAACCAUACAUUCAGUGUUAGAUGCAUUAAAAAGUGAAUUCAAACCCGGCGAUUUGGAUGAUAAUUUAGAUUCAAUACUAAAUGUAUGCACUAACGAUUUAUUCGGUGCAUUAUCUGAGGAAAAAGAAGUAGAAAAACUACGUUACAAAACACCAGAAGCGAAACCAAGCAAAAAGAGUUACGUAACAUUAAUGAUUUUAUCGCAAAAUAUAACACAGAAAUGUUUAAUCAACUUGUUAAUACCUUUUAAGGAAGUUUUACAAAAACAUCAUUCCAAAAAAAUCGUUAUGAAAGUACAAGAGGCGUUAAUGCAUGUAUCUACAGGUUUGGUGACGAAUAAAUUCAUAGAAAUCGAAUCUUUAUUCAUUUUCUUACACGGUAUUGCAUCAGAGAGUAUUCCAGAAUUCGUUUUAGGAGUACCUAAAAGAAAGAUAACUGACAGUCAGAAAGAAAAAAUGUUACAAGCAAAACCUGAUUGUUUUAUUAUACCUGAAAUACCGAAGCGUAAUAAGGAAUCUCAAGCAAGAUUAGUUAAAACAUCGAGUAAAACAAACGCUCAUGUUUUAGUCGAGUUUAGUUUGAACAUACUUUAUGUUAUACUUAAAAGGGAGAAAGUACCGAGAAUGGAAUGUAGAGCGUUUGUAGAUGCUCUCAUACCUUUGUUAGUAGAUUCGUUGAGAAGCGAUCAUAUAAAAGUAUGUACGGUCGCUAUGAAAUGUAUAACGACGUUAUGGACAAUAAGGGUAAGCACAACUACACUGGAGGAAAUGAUACAAGAUAUUGUAAAGACGAUAUUUCUGAUAUUACAUAAAUAUGCGACGUUUGAAAUCAGCAAACAGAAUGAUAACUAUCAUUUAGUUAGGAAUGCUUUCAAGGCGGUUACAGUGUUGAUACGAAAUGUGAAAUAUUACAAACUAGAGGCAGAUCAAUUGAAGACUUUAUUACUUUACGCUGAAGAGGAUUGUCAGAGUGACGAAAAGCAGGCAAAUUCCUUCGCUUUGUUGAAAGCCAUUUUAGAAGGAAGACUCGUGUCACCGGAACUGCAUGAAGUUAUGGAGAAAGUGUCGAAAAUUUGCAUAUUAAGUGAAUCGGCGAGGUCAAGAGACGAAGCUCGUGGUCUGUUCGUAAAUUACUUAACGCACUACACGCCGGGCAAGCGUAUGGACAAAUUCAUAGAAUUCUUUGUGACACAACUGAACUUCGAGCUACAACACGGCAGAGAAUCCUCGCUCAAGUUUCUUGACAUGAUAAUAAAUAAAUUAAAACCGGAACAAUUAACAAAGUUCAGUGAGUAUAUAUUCCUAGCUCUAGGUGCGUGUAUGGUGAACGACGCGGCGCCGGAAUGCCGCGCGGCGGCCGCUGCCUGCAUACAGCGGAUUAUACAAAAACUGCCCAAUAUUCAAAGGAAUAAAUUGUUUGAAUUAGUUCUAGCUUUCUUACAGGAUAACCAGCCGAUUCACUUUGAAUUAGCAGCUCAAUUAGCAACAAGAUUCGUACACGUCGAAGAGGAGGAGUUCAAAAACCGUCUCGAAUCAAUCCUUUCGUUAGUCAGCGGGAAAAUAAUGCUUUUAUGUAAUGAAAAUACUGAAGGACAAUUCGUCAAGGUCAAACUGGAUCAAGGCAAUAAAUCCGAGGAGGAGAAACAAAACGAAAGAGACCAUAGUCUUAUACAAAUGUUGAAUUUUAUUGAAAACAUCACCAUCCAUUGCUCGUCUAGUUUGAAGAAUGAAAAGUUCUUUAGUGAAUUCGAUGAGAUCGCGGAGCAAUGUAAAGUGUUGUUAGCUUAUCCUCACGCGUGGGUUCGUUUGAGAUCUGUCAGGAUACUGGGGAAGAUACUAUUAUCUAUAGAUCAUGAAGAACUGGAUAUGAUAGUAAAAAAGAAGUUGGAUAAUGAAAGAGGUUUUAUAUACUACGAUACGGAGCCUUGCUUGAGGAGUUUGGUAUUGGAUUUAUGUGCUCAAUACACGCCUACUGUUAGCAAAGAUAUGGCGGAUGCAGUGACAGAUGUGAUGUUUUUAAUUUUAAAACUAGUUCAUACAAUGUCAUCAUUUAAACUGUCAAAUAAAAUAGAGUUGGAAACAGAAUCGGACAACGCUAAACUGAACAUCCGAUGGAUACUUUUUAAGUUACGAAGAGCUAUAAACGCUGAAGUCGCUAGAGCUGCCACGUCUAUGAAUAUUAGAUCAGCGAUCUUCACGAUGUGGCUACACGUGAUUAGCUUCUUAGAGGCUGAUGACGUUAAUAAUGUGAUAGACGUAAUCCUGCCGCCGAUAGUUCGAGAACUUUCGACAGGCGACGCGGCCACGCCCGCGACCGUUGCUAAGCAACUGGCGGGCAGACUGGGGAAGAAGUUAAGAAGGAAGAUCGGAGAUAUAGAGUACAGUAAAUUAGUAGCCGAUGCACAAACCAGACUGAAUGUAAGAAGAGCUGAAAGGAAAAAGGUUAUUCUACAAGAAAAAGUACACAAUCCAGAAAAGGCGGCAAAGAGAAAGUUACAAUUAAAAGAAAAGAAGAAACAAGCUAAGAAGAUGAAACUGGACACUAUGCACGGAAAGAGACCGAAAGCUAGAAAGAGAAGGAUGGAAGAUAUAGAUAUUGAAGAGAAAUUACUUCAAGAUGAUUAGAAUUUUACGAUAUGUAUUGAUUUUAUUACUUGUAAAUAUUUGAUUUAAGUAACAUUGUGUAAAACAUAAAUA